AUGGGGGCUGAGGAUAAGGUGGUAGAGAAAAUAACUGAAUGGAAAAAUGGUCUCAAAUGGUUGUUAGAAUUGAAGUGGAGAACAUUAUCAAUAUAUGGUGAAGUAGUGGUCCCAAUGGUUUACAGAAUUGAAGUGAACAUUAUCAAUGGUGAAGAAGUCCUUAUGUGGAAACUCUUGCGCAGAUUCCUGCCUUUCCCAGAUUGUCUCGAGCGUUUUGGAGUAAAUCUACCAUCAGUGUGCCCGUUCUGUUGGAAAUCAUUGGCCAGCAUGGAGCAUUGCUUGUUUAGUUGCAAGGAAGUAUUUUCUGUGUGGACUUACUUUGCUGCAACUUUUCGAGUUACUCUUUCCAGAGCAUCUUCUAUUCGUGCAGCUUGCCAUUCAUGGUGGUUAAUAGCUUCUCCAACAUCUGCUGCUGGUACAAUAGCAAACUUAAUGCCUUCAUUUCUUUUAUGGCAAAUUUGGGUUUCAUACAAUGCUGCAAUCUUUGAGAGAACCUCCUUCUCAUCCUUAAUCUUGAUUCAAAAGGUAAAACGGGAAUUCAGGUUGCUAUCUUUGGCAAUGCCUUUGCACUCCUGUGGAAACUCGGACUUAUUUAUUAUUCAGGAAGGUUUGGCGUUUAAUUUUGCUCAACAAAGGCGGCACACUUCAACAUGGAUAAAAUGGCACAAGCCUCCUUCGGGCAGAUUAAAGCUGAAUAUCGAUGCUUCCUUUUCUACCUCUAGAGCCGCUGGAGGUGCCUGCCUUCGUGACUCGAUGGGCAAUCUAGUGAUGGCUCUUUCCUUUCCCUUGACAGCCUCAUCCACCUUAGAAGCAGAAGUGUCAGCCCUCGAUUAUGCGCUUAACUGGUGCGACCUCGCUGCUAAACGCCCAUAUCUAAUCGAAGUUGAGUCUACUCUUUUGGUGAGAUACGUCAACUCCGCAUUGCAUCAUGUUCCUUGGAAUAUCCGUAAUGCUGUCCAUCGUAUUCAGUCCUUACUUGAUUCUUGGUCAUCUUCUUUAUCACACGUUUAUCGAGAAGCGAAUCAAGUAGCAGACUCUCUAGCUUCCUCUUGCUUUAGCCUAUCCUCUCCAUCCUUAUUUUCUAAUUUUUCAUCUUUGCCGGAUGCCGUGAAACUUACUUUCUUGUAUGACUUCCGCGGGUUCGCUUCGUCCCGCUCUCUGUUUUCUUAA